UAUUAUUUGUUUAUAGUUUGCUGCUGAUUUUGCAGAAAAAGUGUUGUUUAAGAACCUUAUGAUACGCUUGUUGAAAAUACCCAAAGAAGAAAACCCUUCAUCAAUGACAGAGCUCCUAACAGAAGAGUUCCUCAAUGUUGACCAACAACUGUUGGAAAUUGCCAAAUCUUCGAUGGACGUGUCAGGUUCAACUGCAUUGGUGGCUGUCUUAAAAAAUGGCAUUCUAACUGUUGCAAAUGUUGGUGAUUCUCGAGGUGUUAUGUGUGAUAAGGAUGGCAAUACGUUGCCACUCACUGUUGACCAUAAACCACAACAACUGAAAGAAAGAUCACGUAUCAAACAAGCUGGAGGCUAUAUCACUUUUAAUGGAGUUUGGCGAGUUGUAGGUGUUCUAGCAACUUCAAGAGCCUUGGGAGAUUAUCCUCUCAAAGAAAGAAAAUAUCUCAUUGCAGAACCUGAUAUUUACAUAUUUGACCUGAAUGUGAUACAACCAAAGUUUAUAAUUUUAGCCACAGAUGGUCUUUGGGACUGUUUUAGUAAUGAAGAAGCUGUGAAUUAUAUUCAGGAAAGACUCUCUGAGCCACAUUAUGGAGCCAAAAGCUUAGUCUUACAGGCUUAUUACAGAGGUUCUUUAGACAAUAUAACUGUUAUGGUUGUAAAUUUUCAUGAUGCAUCUGUAAGUUUCUACCAAUCAAAUCAAGAUGAAUCAGCUAAAGAAAAUCUUCAAAAAACACUUUAAAGAAUUAUUUUUGUUAAAACUAAAUUUCUUUAUUGAAAAUUUCUUCUGACACAUUUUUCAAAAUAAAUUAAAUUUCUUCUCAAAUUCUUCAUUGAAGAAUAUCUUUCAUACUUUUCUAUUAAUUUUCUGCUCAUUUACAAUACCUCUCUCCUUCUUAAAUAGCUUUGAGUAAUAUCUUUUACUAUCACAUACUUUUUCUGUGUGUGUGUGUGUGCGUGAGUGGUAGCGCUAAUCAGUGGGCAGGAAAUUUUCUCCAUGACAAAACACAGUGAAUGGCUUGCCUAUGAGUUUGAAUCUGCCACAAGCAUAUUUGAACUGGUAAUAACAUUGCAUUUAUACACAUCAAUGCAUAGUGCUCCCACCCGUAAUUUGUUUACGGUGAGCUGACUAUUAGUGCUACUGCUCAUCAUACGAUGACUGGAAUAGCAUAAGAGAAACAAUCUCUCUUAUCAGCUUGCAGUGCCCCUGUCUAGUUUCUGUGACUGAAGAGUAGAUAACCACUCCAAAAUGCUUGUAUCUCACAGCCUGGAUAAGUAGUACUGUGAGCUGAUUUAGGUGUAUUUACGCCAUUUUUGGCUACAGCAAGAAAUUUUCUCCAAGGUGAAUGGUUUGCUUAUGAGUUUGAAUCUGCCACAAGAAUAUUUGAACUGAUAAUAACAUUACAUCAUUAAUUGGUUUUGGACCAUACAUUGUCAGUUCUACCAUGUCGUAGUCUGAGAAGAUUGUUGGUGUUAUCUUCAUGUUGUGGAUAAGACAUUGUUGGUGAAACAGAGAUCUAUAUCAUCAUUCCUGGUUGGGGAAAAGUAUUGUUUGUUUCAUGAACAACAUUUUUGUGAGGUCAAGUAGAGAUUUUGUUUGGUUACACUCUUUGCAUGUCAUUCCUGAGAUUAUGUGGCCUUUGGGCUAUUUGAUGUUGGGGAAAUUAAAACCAUCCAUCAGAA